CUUCAAUCGUAUUCGCAAACAGAAACAACGUCUUCCUGAAGAUGCCGAACGACAACUUUGCAACCUAUUGCCUCCACCAAGAGAAUUUUACGCUGGAUUUAUCAGGCAUCCGAUGAGGCACCGACCGGGACACGUGCUAGUGCAUCUUGAUUCAUUGAUUGCCGGGCUUCGCUUCCCUCUUCACCCAUUCGUUGUGGAGUUCCUGUGUCGGGUUUCCGUACUUCCCGCUCAGUUCAUACCCAACACCUACCGCAUUCUGACUGGCUUUAUAAUCCGAUGCCAGGAACUGAGGAUCGCUCCAAGUGUUGAUUUAUUCCUACACCAUUACUGUUAUCAGCCUUAUUGGACGACCGGGUACUUGAAGCUGGUAGCCCGAGCUGAUCGUUAGUUUUUUACAGAUAAUCCUACCCCGCCGGCUGAUUGGGAGGAGCGAUUUCUAUUCGUUCGUAUAGGUGAUUCUCUCCCAUUUCCUGAUCGGUGGAACGCUUACCCCGUUCGGGAUUCUCAGCCCAGAAUAGAUGUCGUUCUGCGCUUUCAAGCUGAAUCUCUGCGUAUGGGAGGAACUCGGAGUCUUCGGGGUUUUAUUACCCCUUCAAAUAUGCUAUCUGAUGGGAUUGGUAAGUGUAACAGGGUUUUAACCCGAUCGUUCUCUUUUUAAUUUAGUUUCUUACCUCUUAUUCCCUUUGUUGUAGGUGUGAUAUCCUCUAUACCCGUUCGGCGUUCCAUAUCUGCCGCUACUCUGACAGCUUCCUCUGGUAAAGGCAAGGAGAAGGUGGUUGCUGAUCAUGGCUCUUCUGAGCAAACCCGGAAGAAACGUAGAGGGAAUGAUGGCAGCACACUGAUCCCGGUCGAUCAUGUGGUUGAUUUGACUGGAACGGAGGCUGAGCCAAAAAGAUCUGUGCCUGCCAAACCAAAAACUCCAGUUCUUUCUGAUACACCGACCGACGAUCGGAUGUUUCUUGAGUUUUCAAACAUGGGGUCUAGAGUAGAAGGAAGAUACCUGUUCGGGCUAAUGCCAUCAUCCAUGUGGUGCAGCACUUCGCUGAAGGUUCCCCCUAGUUUCACAAACCUGACUCACUAUUCAGAUCUACUUGAGGCAGGUCAUCAAGAGGCACUCAAGGUAUACUUCAUUUUGAUCCAUACUUUCCUACUUUUUAUUUGUUCAUCUUAUCUGACUUCGUUUGCCACUUGUCUUCAGGCCGGUGUAUAUUAUCACAAGGCUUUCCUGGCGGCCGAAAAGUAAAUGAAACUCCUGGCCAGCGAUCGGGACGAUAGCUAGGUCCUCCUUUCCGCUGCUCGGAAAUUAGCUGCAGAUCUACAAGAACGUGCCAAAGAAGGUGAGAAAGCGAAGGCUGCUCUAGCUGCGAUGCAAGAGAAGACCCGACGUCGCGAUCGGGAGAUUAAAGAACUUCGGGCCAAGGUGUGGGCUGCUGAAUCUGCCAGGGUAAAGUUUGAUAAGGUCCUUGGUGACAAUCUUCCCGAGCCUUAUACUGCCAACACUUCCCAGAUUGCCAAUCAAUCAAUAGUUGACUAUCAACGGGGUAAAGGGCUGAACGUCGCUCUGGAGAAUAUAGCCCGACAAUUCCUGGGACCUCAUCUUGGCCAAUUUUUGCGCGAAAGCGAAGAUCCUGUUAAGGCAGGCAUCGAUCUCCUAGAUAGCACACCGGAAGGGAAGUCUUUUCUAGAUGUCCUGACCGAGAAAACUGUGACACAAAGUCAGGAUAUGUUUUUAGAUAGGAACCUUGAUCUGAUCCUGGAGCAUUUCCCUAAGCCAUUCGAUCCUGAUGAGUUGGGAUUUGAUGAUCUGUUCGGGAAUACCUACGAUCGGGUUAUCGAAAAGAGAAAAGAAGCAGUGCCUGAUGAUGCAGCACAGGCAGGGAGCUCCUAACCUUCAUCUUCCCCGAACGGCAAUCCUCCAGUAGCAUAACCUUUGUAUAUUUAUUUUUCGUCUUCUCUUCUUUUUUCUUUUGUAUCUUCCGGCUAGUAGUGUUGAAGAAUAAAUUGGAUAUUCUCCUUUAACCGUGUUGACAUAUUGCUCUUCUGUUUUUUUUUUAUUUUUGUCAUUUCUCUCGCUCAUAAUAUUUUCUGUGUUGUCGAACAUCACUCAGCUCAUGUAUCUCUAUAUUUCUGACAUUGUUUCCAAACCGUUUUGAUCCCUCUGUUCAAUCGUAAGUCCAGGGUCAAAUUCUUUUGGCUGAAAUAAUGUCUUCCUCCAAACCGUUCGUCAUUCGGUCAUCUCUCUGAAAAUUCUGAUUCUGCGAACGACAAUCCAUGUUACCGAACGUCGUUCGUUUUGACAAUACUUGUUCUGACACCCUUCCCAAGCCGGUUUUGAUCCCUUUAUCGUUCGUGAUCCACGGGGUCAAAAAUCUUUUAGCUGAGGUGAAUCCCUCCAAGCCGUUUUGAUCGUGAUCACAGGGUCAAAUUUUCAGCUGAGAUGGCGGCUCCCUCGUAACUGUUAAACCGUUCAUCAUUCGGUCAUCCGGAAUGAUCUCACGUGUUAACAAGCUGAGGUGAGACUCUCUCUCUUCCAAACCCAUAAUUCCGAUGCAUUCCGAACAAUUCUUUCUGGCUCGUAUCAUACAUAUUAGGGGUCUGAGGUAACCCUUUUCAAACUGUAAGCAAGGUCAUCGGAUCGGGUUAUUCCUUACUUAUAGCUAAAAGGGCGACUCGCUUCCAAAUCAAGUUAAUGACUGAGGCGAGAUUUUUCAAAACCAUAGUUCCGAUUCCCCGGACGACAAUCCGUACUUUAUCCGAACGUCGCUCGGUCCGUCCAUACUUAUAGCCUUGACACCAUCUCCAAGCCGUUUUGAUCCCUUUGUCCGGUCGUAAUUACAGGGUCAAAUUCAGUUAGUUGAGUUGAUGGCUCAGCUCCCUCCAAACUGUUAACCCGCUCCUCAUUCUGUCAUCCGGAAUGAUUCUGCGUGUUAAAAGCUGAGGUGAGAUUCCCUGACAUCAAACUCCAAGCUGUUUUGAUCCCUUUAACAAUUCGUAAUUACAGGGUCAAAUUCUGUUAGCUGAGAUAAUGGCUCCCUCCAAACUGCUAACAUGUUCCUCAUUCGGUUAUCCGGAACGAUUCCCAUGUUAACCGCUGAGGUGAGACUCUCUGAGCGUCAAACUCCAAGCCGUUUUGAUCCCUCUUAUGAUUGCAGGGUCAAAUUCUGUUAGCUGAGAAUGACUUUCCUUCCAUGUUGUUAACCCGUUCGUCAUUCGGUCAUCCGGAAUGACUGCGUGUUAACCAUGGGCUAAGAUUUUCUGAGCAUCGAUUCUCCAAGCCGUCUUGAUCCCUUUAUCCGUUCAUAAGUCUAGGGUCAAAUUCUUUUAGCUG